CGUCCAGUCCCGCUCGCGCUCACACACCACAGAGGCAGAAGCGAAGUUUCCCGCGCGAUCAACGGCGUCUGUUGCUACAGCAACCAGGUGCUACGCUGGUUUCUUGAAGCCACCUCCAUCAUCAUUUUAGUUAAUCUUCUCACGCCACCUGGAUUCAAACAUGGAUUCAAACCUGGUGGAAAUACUUAAGGGAGACAAGUGCCUUCCCCCAAAUGACUGUGAGUUUAACUCUUCCCUGUCUGGAGACCCUGAGCCCCGGAACAUGACCCCCAGCCCUGGAUGGACCCCAGAGCCGGAGCCCCUGUCCCCCCUCAGUCCGGCUAUCACAGCCGUCUACUCGGUGGUGUUUGUGGUGGGACUGGUGGGAAACUGUCUUGUCAUGUUCGUCAUUAUCAGAUACACCAAAAUGAAGACUGCAACCAACAUCUACAUCUUCAACCUGGCUUUAGCUGAUGCUCUGGUUACCACCACAAUGCCAUUCCAAAGCACAGACUACCUGUUGAACACCUGGCCAUUUGGUGAAAUUGUUUGCAAAGUCUUCAUUUCCAUUGACUAUUACAACAUGUUUACCAGCAUUUUCACAUUAACCAUGAUGAGUGUGGAUCGUUAUGUGGCCGUGUGCCAUCCUGUCAAGGCACUGGACUUCCGUACACCACUCAUGGCUAAAUGCAUCAAUGUGGGCAUCUGGGUUUUGUCUUCAGCUGCAGGAGUGCCAGCCAUGGUGCUAGGGGGCACACAGACCAAUAAUGGCACCACAGAAUGUGCGCUGCAGUUUCCUGACCCAUAUGAAUACUGGGACACCUUGAUGAAAAUCUGCGUCUUUGUCUUUGCGUUCAUUGUCCCCGUCCUCAUCAUUAGCGUCUGUUACUCCCUCAUGCUGCUGAGGCUCCGCAGUGUCCGCUUACUCUCCGGUUCUCGCGAGAAAGACCGCAACCUUCGCCGAAUCACCCGCUUGGUCUUGGUGGUUGUGGCAGCUUUCAUCAUCUGCUGGACUCCCAUUCAUAUCUUUAUUCUGCUCAAAGCCAUAGUGGCAAUUCCUGAGACCACAACAGUGAUGGCUGCAUACUUUCUGUGCGUUGCUCUUGGAUACACCAACAGCAGCCUCAAUCCUAUCCUCUAUGCCUUUCUGGAUGAGAAUUUCAAGCGAUGCUUUAAGGACUUCUGUCUGCCGGCAAGGGGAAAGGCGGAUAGAGGGCUGGGAGGUAGCAGAGGAGGGAGAAUUGCAGGCAGACAGCUCCCUCAGGCUGAAGAGAGCCCCCCGCGGACUGCAAAGCCGGCAUGACUAGGCAUGGAACUGUCCUCCAUUACCCAGACAGGAAAGGAGGACUCAAACACACUUGGCCUGACCCAGGUGUCAUCAACCCUCUGAUCAUGAAGACUACUGUCAAUAUUGGAGUGACUGGCUGAGAGCAGGGAGCACUGUGACAGACAUGCCAUGACGUUACACCAGGAAAAGUGUGAUGGUGUUAGAGCCAACUGGAGGCUGUUGGGAAUUCUACCUGUGGCUGUGAAAAUUGUUUUUGCUUUUUGAUUAACAUAUUGGAUAAAACAGAUUUGCUGUCACUGUCACAUUACAGCCUAGUAACUCCUUUUUUUUACUUGUUGUAAAACACCUUGUGUACAUUGUGCAAACAUUUCUUGGCGAAUGGACAUUGUAUCUCAUUUCAGAAAUACAAGGUGCUCCUAGGACAAUAACAAUGUAAAAUUUCUGACCUCACAACAACUGAUUAUUAUCUUUUAGGAAACAAUUAAGUGAAUCAUGGUACCUCAAAUUUCACCAUGAUUUGAUAUAGUUAACUUGGUUGAUAGAGAAUAGUUUUAAUCAAGUGCACAGAGUGUCAACGAUGCAAAGCACCAGUUUUAUUAAGCACCAAAAGCUAGUUGUAGCACACCCUUGUGGAUAGUCUUCAGCCUGCUAAACGUGAGUGACUUACUGCAACAAAGCUCAUAUCUGUGAGGUGCUUUGUAAUUAAUAAUACACUGAAUACACAAAUAUGACUGGAGGGACUAUUUACACAGUGUUGGAAAAUAGACAAUAAAAACAGCACACCAACAUUUUCCAUUUUGACAUUUGAAAAUGGCUUGAGAAUUUUAUUUUUGCCAAAAAGUGUGCAAAGACUUUAAAACAAUCAAUUAUAAUCAAUUUGACUAUUCUAAAAUUGAUACAAUUAAAUUGCCACCUUCAGAUGCAUUUUUACAUCCUUAAUUUCUUUUGCCCUUACUUGUUUCUAGAGGCAUGUAAUUGCAUCAGUCUUGCUCAUGAGUUACCUCAGAGAAAAAGUUGAUCCGGCUUUGAUUCAACUCUCUCCUCUUUACAACCCGGAAACUCAUUUAAACAUAUAUACAUCCAUUUCUUCAUCCUGAUCACCUAUGGCACACAAAAAUGUAUACUCUUCAUAUGCAUUGAAUGUAUACCUGUAAAUAUCACUCACAUUGAAAAGGAUGGAUGAAGCUGAUUGAACUGUGAAACUGUAUUUCUCAGGGAUUUUGGGUUCCAUUUCUAGUUAAAAUGGAUGCCUCUCUCUUCUGUCUUUCUUUUACCAAUAGAGGCUGUUAUCACAUGUUUCUGUUCGUAUAUUGUUAUGUUUAUUGAUUUCCAUGUACUGAGCAUCAUCUAUUUUUAAUCCGUCUUUGUGUGGACAUUUGUUGGUAAGAUCUUUGUAUGUGCGUUUGUCUUUAGAUCUGAUGUAGCUGAUCCUGCAUUAGCAGUGUGAUCAUGCGGUUGAAUGGCAGUCCUGCACUGUUCCUGUCUUUCUGUAUUAUAUACAGAUAUAAGUGCACUUUAAAGGCCAGGAUCCAUGACCCCUCCAGCGUAGUUUUCACCAUGCACAUACAGAACAUUUAUUACUGCACAUUUUCAUGUAAUUUACUUACACAUUGGUUUAUUGCUUUAUUUAUCACUAUGAAAUAGUAGUAUAUUCACAACAACAGAGCUCUAAACAAUUAUUUCUUAACAUAAGCUACUCUGUAAAUGUGUUUUUUUAGACAGUUCAUAGGGCAGUAAGUCCCAGGUCAUACAGUGAGGCAUUUAUUUAUGUGCUUACAUCCAAUUAGCCUAAAUUGUUUUGAAAUUGGCCCAUAUAACCUCAAUAUGUCUUGGAAUAACCUCAAUAUGUCUUGUUGUUUUCCAUGAUCUGGAUCUUUAAAAAAAAAGAGAUCCAGAUCAUGGAAAAUGACAAUCCCACCCCCAACUUACUUGCUAGCUUACUUACUUACUUACUUACUUACUUACUUACUUACUUACUUACUUACUUAUUUACUUGGAAUGAAACAGUUUGAUGAAGUAUGUAAGCAUUGUUCCAAAAUGCACUCCCCAUUCCAUAAAGACCUUGUUAUGGAGACUAAAGAGCAAAUGUUGAACUUAGUAUUUUUGUGAAGUCAUAAAAAAACAUGUUUACAGCCUAUAGCAGUUUAGCCACACCCAUUCACAGCGAAGUUAUAAGGAGUGUUUCACAAUACAGGGAAGUCUAUGAGAUAGGAUAUGGGCUCUUUAACUUUACACAUAAACAUCUUACAUUUAUCUUAAAUCUGUCUCAUGCCUUUUGCUGGAGGGUCAAAAAGAGUAAUGAGAAAGAAAGGUUAGUGUGUGCGUGUGUUUGAGUAUAAGAGCACGUGCAUGUGGAAGAGUGGGUACAAACAAGAAAGGAGCAAACCUGUGUCAUCUCUUUGUUUAUGUAAAUCCUGACCUAAACGUUUUAAAAUUUGGCAGAGGGCUUAAUCUCAACAUGCUGGAAAUCCCCAGCUCGAACAACAAAUAUUACAUAAUGCCAGUGAGAGUGUGACGUCACUGAAAUAUAUGAUGUAAAUUCAUGUAGAUAGAACUACAGAGUGCAAGCUGUAAGUAAUUGGGCAAUGACAUCAUGUGUUGUGUUCUGGCUCUGUACUCCAGCAGAUUGGAUUUGCAAACAAAGCCUAGGAGGUUUAAGCAAAGGAUUCAGUAUGAGUGCAGCUAAACCGCAGCUAAAGCUAACACUCUACACCUUUAACCUCACAGUCAUGGUUUCAUUUUAAAUCCACAGCCAUACAGAGACAAAACAACAACAAUGGCAUCACUGUUCAUUUACUUACACACUCUGCUGUGUAUUACUCUCGUCUGCAUUCCUGUAAACAGCAUCAACAGCACCAACAAAUAUUUAUUGUACUCACUGCAUGUAAAUACUAAUGUAUUAGCAAUGUUUCAGUAUGUUUGUGUUUUGGGGUUUUUUAACUGUGAGAACUAUACGCUUUUACUUUAUUGUUCCGCAUGAACAUAUGAAUGUAUUGUGUAAUAUUCAAAAUCUAUCUAAGACUAAAUACGUGUCAUUUACAGUGGAUUUGUAUUGCAGUUCCUGCUUAUGAUAUGUGUAAUUUAAAUGACCUGAAUGAGCCCUUGUACAGUAUUAUUAGGAUUUGCAUGUAUUUGCUGCAGUUAGGCUGUUUAUAUUUAUUGAGAUUUAUUUUUGUAGACUGCUCCAAUUAUGUCUGAAUUAUGUCUCGCAUUUGGGUUUAUGAAAUGUCUCAAGAUGUGAAUGCUAUAAUAAAUAAAUAAACAUACACACACACAUCAUCUAAACCGCUCAUCCUUCUGGGUCACAUGCUGGAGCCUAUCCCAGCUGUCAUUGGACGGAAGGCAAAACACACCCUGGACGGGUCGCCAGUCGCAUGGCGCACAGACAGACAGACACAUAUGCCUAGAGGCAAUUUAGCAUGUCCAAUUAUAGGAAAUCCACGCAGAUACGGGGAGAACAUGCAAUCUCCACACAGUAAGGACCCUAGUCCGCACCCAGGAAUCAAACCCAGGCCCUUCUUGCUGUGAGACAACAGCAAAUAAAUAAACGAUACCGUAAAAUAGUAUAAAUAAAAAUUCAUCUUGUCAUCUUUAGUGCUGAUGUAAAUAGCAGAUAUUUUUAUGCUCUGUUACUGCCCAUAACAGUUUUUUCACAGGCCAUCUCUUUUAUCUAAAAAAAAGACAAUUUAUGAUCAAAUUAGUGUAAGAACAAGAAUUAAUAUAUUCUAUAUGUUAAUAAUGUUUUCUUUGGAAUAUUUAUGUGAGUGUUUACUAUAUAGUUCAAUGAAAAAAAAUGAGGACAAGUGUGUGUGUGUGUGUGUGUGUGUGUGUGUGUGUGUGUGUGUGUGUGUGUGUGUGUGUGUGUUACAAAGAGAAUUGGCUUUUUUCCAGUUACUGUUUAAAUCUAUGGCGUGCCUUCAGUUUCUGCUACUGGACAUGUUAAUGAAAUAAAACAAAAUUUAAAUCUGCUGUUGCAUGGAAUCAGCAGCAUUCUCACAUUUGUCAUUGUUGUAAGCAGAAGUGCAUGAGUAUGUGAUUUAAAAGCUGAACAGCAAGAUUCACAUUGUCUCCUUGUGUAAAUCAUCUUCUGCCUGACUUAAAAUAAAUGUGAAUAACCAAAGCAAGGAUAAUAUGUCAUGUUAGACUGAAUGCCAAUAAAGUUCUGUGUAAAACUCA